GUUUUGGAAACAAUUACAAUAAGCAGCCUUUCACUUUCUCUCCUUUUGGAAAUUCUUACAUGCAUUGCUAAAUGGCAGAGGAAGUUUCAAACGAGCCAAGUGGAAAAAUUAGAGGGCAUUUAACUUCAACCCUGCUGGCAGCAGCAAUUCUCUCAUCGUUUGGCAGCUCUAUGCUCUAUGGCUAUAACCUAGCUGUAGUCAAUUCUCCUGCUCAGUACAUAAAGGACUUUUAUAACCACACUGCAGUGAGGCGUAAUGGGAAAGGUCUGAGCCAUGACAGCAUCACAGUGCUUUACUCCAUUACAGUGUCCAUUUUUGCCAUUGGUGGACUGGUAGGCUCCCUCACUGUGGGAAUGCUAGUCACCAAAUUCGGAAGAAAAGGGACACUGGUGAAGAGCACCAUUCUGGUAUUUGUAGCUGGUGGACUCAUGGGCUUCAGCAGGCAUCUAAGCAUUCCUGAGAUGAUUUUCAUUGGUCGCUUCAUCACAGGAAUACAUUCAGGGAUCUCUCUUAGUGUAGUGCCAAUGUUUUUGGGGGAAAUUGCUCCAAAGAAUCUCCGUGGAUUUCUGGGCCUUGUGCCUAGCAUCUUUAUCUGUAUUGGAGUUUUCAUAGCACAGAUUCUGGGACUUCAUGAACUCCUGGGAAAGGAAGAGCACUGGCCUGUUUUUCUCUCGCUGGUGGUUGUUCCUACCUUUAUCCAACUAAUGGUAUUGCCAUGGUUUCCUGAGAGUCCUCGUUACUUGUUGAUUGAGAAACACAACAUUCAUGCCACUCUCAAUGCUUUGAGGCAAUACAGAGCAAAAGCUAAUAUCCAGGCAGAGGUGGAGGAGAUGCAGAAGGAGCAGCGUUCACUCUCUUCACUGAGGACCGUCUCGGUGCUUGAGCUGCUAAGAGACAAAGCUGUCCGAUGGCAGGUCAUAUCUAUCAUGGUAAUCAACAUAGGCAUGCAGCUGUCUGGCAUUGAUGCGAUUUGGUUCUAUACAAAUUCCAUCUUCGAGAAUGCGGGAAUCUCUGUCUCGCAAGUUCAGUACACAACGGUGGGCACAGGUGCCAUUGAGGUUAUUGCUGGGCUUAUUGGGUGCUUUACUAUUGAGCGAGUUGGUCGCAGGCCCCUGAUGAUUGGAGGAUUCAGCUUUAUGGGCAUUUGUUGUGCAGGCAUCACACUUUCCCUUGUUUUGCAGGUUUACGUGCCCUUCAUGCACUAUGUCAGCGUGAUCUGCGUGGUUGGUAUCAUUGCAGGAUUCUGCAUUGGGCCUGCUGGAGUACCCUUCCUCCUGACAGGUGAGCUGUUUAAACAGUCUCACCGACCCUCGGCUUACAUCGUUGGAGGAGCACUCAACUGGAUUUCUAACUUCACUGUCGGAUUUGUCUUCCCAUUCCUGCAGAUGUCAGCAGGGGCUUUCAGUUACCUGGUGUUCUUCAGCAUAUGUGCAGGGGUGGCGGUCUAUGUAUAUUUUGUCAUCCCCGAGACAAAGAACAAGACAUUUGUGGAGAUCAGCCAGAUGUUUGCUUCUCGAAACAACUGUGAGCUUGAGGGUGAACAGCUGCCCAUUACAGAGUAUUUUGGCCUCAGAGUGAAAAACCAAUACGGAGCAUUGGAGAACAAGGGAAAAGAGGAGAUGUACCUGUGGAGUGAUGAUGAGUAAAUGGUCUUGUAUGAAAAACAUACAAGUUUUCUCAUAUUUUGUUUUGUAAUAUUUUUAUAAUGUGACAUAUUUGGUGCUAAAAGAAAUCCAAACAUUCUCAGAGUCUCUAUAAAAAUACUGUGAAAUCAGUCAAUCAAUAUAAUGAUUUCUGACAUUCUUUAUAUUAGAGAACAAAUAUAUUCCAUUGCCUGACUAACAUAAUAAAGACCAUUACACAAGUAUGGUGGUCUGCUGAGCAAUAAGAUUUGUUCUCCAGUGCUUAAAUAUUUUCUGAUAGUGGGUCAUGUUCAGUAGCUUUCUCACAUGUCUGCAAUAAGCAGCAUAUUUAGACUAGAAACCAUACUAAAUAUACUAUUUCUAUAUCAAAAUAUAUGUGAUAUUUUUAAUGAGAAUACAGAACCAACCAACAAGUGCUAGAAUCAUUAAAAAACUAUUCUUGUAAGAAGUUAGUUUUGAUGUUGCUAAAGCUGCUGGUAAAGAUAAACAACAGGGAAAAAAUUAAUAAAAGUCCGGUCUUAAUGUUUGCUUAUGAAAUUUAAUUUUCUCACUUACUAUUUUUCCACUCUUUUAUUUAGAGGUAAAAUCCCCCUUGCACUUUCAGUAAAGAAAGAAAAGUGCUUUAUACUCAGAGUGAAAUUCUUUCUUCACAUAUCCCAGCAAUGUUAGGAAACUGGGGUCAGAGCACAGGUUCAGCCAUGUUCCAGUGCCCAUGGAGCUUUGUUUAAGGGCCUUUCUCAAGGGCCCCAGGCGUAGCAGCUUGCUGAUCCCAGAGCUUGAACCCCUGACCUUCCUAUCACUAAGUAGUCGUCCAAUUAUUUCAUUCUAAUAUAAAGUCAGUUUACUUUAUGAGUUCACUCAAUGCUUCUAACCCAAGCAGAAUUAAACUUUAAAUUCAAUUCAGUUUCAUUCUAAUUGUACCACACUUUUAACAAUGAACAUCGUCCCAAAGCAACUUUACAGAGAUUUUUAGGUUAUAUAAUAUGAAUUUAUACCUCAGAGUCUAUAAGUUUAUCCUUUAUAAGUGUACCCCUAGUGAGUGAGCCAGUAGUGACUGUGGCAAGAAAAAACACAUGGUGAGAGGAUGAAACCUUGAGAGGAAACAGAUUCAAAAGGGAACUCAUCCUCAUCUGUUUGUCAGCUAAUGUGCAAUCAGGUGGGUCCUUAAAUGCAGAAAUAAAUAUUGCAGUCCUAAGCCACUGUAGCACACUGUUAAUACUGUCUUAAUUACAGUCUUCCAUUUUCAUAGUUAUUGAGUUUCAUCCUCCAGUGUGAUUAUAUUAUUUAUAACAAAACAUACAACCUGCUUUUGCCUUGUCAGUAUUAAAGACAUUUUACUGCCUUUUUAUAGGUUUAGUAAAAUGGGCAGAAAAGUUUCUAUUUAUGCUUCUUUGUAUUAUAGAUCUGGACUUUAAAGGAAAUAGACAGUAUGGUCACUAAUCAGUUUGCUAUGUUAGUGAUAAUGCUUUGCAUUAAGAUUCCCUCAGCUAGCAUUAUUUACAAAAUUAGUUAUCAAACGUAAAUAAAUGAUUUUUGAUUCAUAAUCAAAAAUGAACAAUCAACAUUAUUAAUUCAUAAGCAAUAUCAUACAUGUAUGAUUUGCCAAUGGUUCUGAAAUCAGUUCAUAUUUGUUGCAUUUAAUUAUUAUUAGUUACUUUUUAUCAGAUGGAUUGAUUUAUUAUUGUGUGAAUGACACCGGUUAAGGGAAUCUUACUGUUUUACCUUUAUUUUACCCUAUCAUUUUAACCAUAUAAAGUAUUUUCACUUUGCUGAACACAACUGGAAUGUUAGUGCAUGCAUAAUAGUACAAUUUUAAUGAAAAAAAAAUGCUUUUUUGUUGCUGUACUAACACAUGCUGAUUAUUUGUAACAUUAUUAUUCCCUAACUGUACUAGCAUGAGGAAUUGUUUUAAGUAGAGACUGCUGUAUAAAGCAUGUAUGUAAGUUGCACUGUACAAAACCCUGCACAAAGGUUUAAAUGUGUGUUAGAAGUGAAUGUAUGAAUGAAUUAUGCAGUUUGAAAGAAAAAUGCUGUGACAUGCAGAAUGUGUAUUUUAAAUUUUAUACAACUUCUCAAGCAAAUAUCUAUUUAUCUAUAUCAUCUUCAAUGAUUCUUCAAGUGAAAGAUGAGAUGAGUAACUAUCUUUAAGUAAAAUGUAAGCAAUACUAUUCAUGUGUAGACUGAAAUGUAUUGUAUAAUUGCAAAUUAAAUACAAUGGUAAAUGAAUGUAUAAUUGGUCACCAUUUGUUUAAAAAUUGUGACUUGUCAUAUAAUACAAUAUAUCUUAAGGAGACUCUAAUUGGUAGGUUAUAUUGAGUAUAAAUUUUGAACUUUAAUUUUCUUGAUUAUUAAAA